GUGUGUGUGCUUGUUUUGACUAUACUUGUGAGGACCAAAUGUCCUCACUUGUAUUGUGAAAUACUUUCACAACCCACUAGUGAGGACAUUGACCUGGUCCUCACUAGUUUUAACUCAGCUAAAGGAGGUUUUUAUUUAAAUCUAGUGAUGUGCACAUGUUUCUGUCAUGAGUAGGGGUUGGGUUAGGUGAUAGAAAAUAUCAUUGACCUCAUAUAAAAAUCAACUGAUGUCUAUGCAAUGUCCUCACUAAGAUAGCAAAAAAAAAAAAAAAAAACCUGUGUGUGUGUGGUCCUGGUAAACCCUACAAAAUGUCCCCACAAGGAUGGUAAUACUGGAGAUCGUUGACCAUGGAACAUUUUUGGUCUCCAUGAGGAAAAAUGCAAUUUAAAAAUGCAUAAAGUUUUAUGUGAGUGUUGUGUUUAAGGAUAGGGAUAGGGUUAGGGGAAAGAAUACACAGAUUGUACAGUAAAAAAUCAUCAUGUCUUUGGAAAGUCCCCAUAAAACCCUCGAAAGCCAAUGUGUGUGUAAGGCCAGAUAAAAAUUUGUUGGAGAAAGAACAUUUGUCAGAACAGUGUGUGAAAAUCGGGGGAUGGCACCCAAGAAGGCCAAGAGGAGGCAGCAGGCAGAGGGCGGCAGCUCUAAUGUCUUCUCCAUGUUUGAGCAGAGCCAGAUCCAGGAAUACAAGGAGGCCUUCACAAUCAUCGACCAGAACAGGGAUGGUAUUAUCAGCAAGGACGAUCUGAGAGAUGUGCUGGCUUCCAUGGGUCAGCUAAAUGUGAAAAAUGAGGAGCUGGAAGCCAUGGUCAAAGAGGCCAGUGGCCCCAUCAACUUCACUGUCUUCCUCACCAUGUUUGGUGAGAAGCUAAAGGGUGCUGACCCUGAGGAUGUUAUCGUGAGUGCUUUCAAAGUUCUGGACCCUGAGGCUACAGGCACCAUCAAGAAGGAAUUCCUUGAGGAACUCCUGACCACCCAGUGCGACAGAUUUACCGCUGAGGAGAUGAAAAACCUUUGGGCUGCCUUCCCUCCAGAUGUGGCUGGAAACGUAGACUACAAGAAUAUCUGCUACGUCAUAACACACGGAGAGGAGAAAGAGGAAGAAUAACUCAAUCCAUCAGCCAUCUCUCUACCACCUCAUUACCACACCAUCUUGUUACAUUUUCAGUCUCCCCAUGGUCCAUCUGUCCUCUCACAGAAACACCAGUCUAAACUGGAGGUCUUUUGGCAUCUGGGCUCUCUGAAUGUGAGUUACAUGUAGCUAAUGUGAUUAUUUUCAAUAAAAUAAUCUAAAAUCAUGAAA